AUGCCCAGUACACAUUGCUCGGAAGAUAAGAACGCGUUUGAGUGCGACGUAGUCAGGAUGCUUAAGAAGAAGGAAGUGAAGAGGGACGGAUCGGACGACAACGUUCCUCCAUAUCCUGCGGCUCCAAUGUCAGUUCCUCUCCAUCAUCAACAGCAAAACAAUCUUUCCGGACAGCGCGGAUUUCAAUCGUUUGAAUUCCAACAAAUAAAUGAACAUCAGAUUAAUCAGCAAAAGUCGCAAAACACUGUCAACUACAACAGCUUAGCAACAACGCCAAGCAAUGAAGGACCUUUACCUAUGACGAAUUUCCAAAAUAGUGACAACCAAUCAAACAGUUAUAGUUUAGAUACAAACUGCAAUCUUCAACAUUUAAAUCGACUUUUUCUCACGAACAAAACUUAUUCACCGUCGACAAAUUGCAAUUCAUCAUUCAAGUACAUCACUUCGUCGUCGUCAUCGUCCAGGCCUCCGUCAUCUAAUGAUUUGAUCGAUUUGAGUUUAACUUCCGGUUUCUCUAAUCAACAGAAUCUUCAAAUCCUUCCUUACGAUUACCAUAAGUUUAACAAACAUAAUAACAUCGUCUUCAGUGGCGGCUCCACGACUUCGAGCAGUACGUCCUACAACGGUAAAAAUCAAAGUUUUUGUAACGUAUUUUCAGACACGUUAGUUAGUUCAAAAAUAUCUAAAAAUGUUUCUAAAAAUUUUCCUGACGAAAACAUUAGUAGUACAACAUAUUACGACUGCGCAAGAUUCAACAAACAAUGCAUCAGCUCAGUGUUCGGACGAAAUGACCAUCUCACUCGCUUCAGUUGCUUGUAUGAAAAAGAGCAAAUGAAGAGCGCAACACAAAGACCUAAUGAUCAUGUACGUUGGAGUUUAAUAUUUUAA